UGAUAUAUUCAAGGUCUUUUUUUUUAAUUGAGUGUUCAUUGACGCAUAACAUAGAACGUGAGCGCGAUGAAACCAUACAGGAAAAAAGUAAACACAAUCUGACAAAAUAUUUGCGGCGAAAGGGCUCCAAGCGGUUAAAAGAACAAUUGGUUAAUGAAUAGUAGUUUCAUUUCAACGACAACAUGGACCGAAGAUGGAGACUAAUUUUUCUCUUGUGUUUCGUUGCAUUAAUGGCCAAACCAGUCCAUAUGGAUGAACAAUCCCCAGUCAAAGAUCCCAGGAGUCCGGGGUCUAAGCCGCCGUUUACACCGAGACCAAUGGACGAUAAUAUGCUCUCGCCAAAAGAGUCAAUUCCGGGAUCCCCUCUAAAGAGAAAAGCGGACGCUCUCUCAAUGGAUUCGAAUAUACGCCCAUCGAAGUCUUUAGAUCCGGCUCCAGGUAAACCAGCAAACAAAAAACGUAAGGGCUUGGCACGGCCGGCAUUGGCAGGACUGACUCCGUUACAGGUAUACAAAUAUACUGAAAAAAAAUGGACGCUCGCGGAAUGCCUCAUACAUUGCGAAAAUACCGUGGGAUACGUCGCUAGGGAGAAACAGCCGCCCAUAUUCAUCUCAAAAGGAGCCGUGGACAGCUAUCAGAGAUGCAAAUGCGGACUCAACAAAGAACUUAUCGAUUUUUUGAAAACUAAUGAACGCAACAGUACAGCUUUUGAGGAAGCUUUCAGCAAAAACCCUUCGGCUGCCCGCUAUUGGUUGACCCUGCAGAAAUUCAGAGUCUUGUUCCCUAUCACGGAAUAUUUAAAAUGGGAUCCUAAAAAACAGGAACAAGUACCGAUCGUGGACGAGAAAAAGAAAAAUGAUGCCGUCAGUCCCGAAAAGGAUGAAAUAGGGACGCAAGAAGAAAACAACCCGAAUCUUCCGAAGGAAAAGGAUGCCAUCACUCCCAAAAAGGAUAAAAAAGGGACGCAAGAAGAAAACAGCCCGAAUCUUCCGAAGGAAAAGGAUGCCGUCACUCCCAAAAAGGAUGAAAAAGGGAUGCAUAAGUGAGGCGAUCCGAACCUUCAGAAGAAAAAUGACGCCGUGCUCCAUCCUAAUUUUUUUUUUUCCAACUUUUUUUCUUCCAAAACCAUUAUCCCAGAAAUAACAACGAGCAAGUCCUUUAAUUUUUA